GGAAAUAACGCCUUUACAAACACUUCGAAACCCACGAAGCAAAACAAAAACCACAACAUGGAUUCUCAAAAUUCCCUUGAACAAACUCUUGAAGAAGAAAGUGAUGAUCGUGCAAGUAGUGUCACCGUUACCUUCGAUGAGAUACGUAUUAAGCAUGAAGUGGAGAAAACUAUAUGCAUAAUGCCGCCACGCCCAGGGACAGCUGUGAUGAACUUCCAGGAGCUGUAUAUCCCAAGGAAUCAGCUAACCGACGUCUUCUAUCCCAUCCAAGAGGCACAGCGCUGGCUGACGCUAAUGGACAAGGCUGGGAAGCCGCAUCGAUUUCCAUUGCCCACGAUUCUGCCGAAGGUUAUCCAGACCCGAUACGUGCCCAAGCGUCAUCUGCCCAAGGACGUGGAGGUGGACCGUCGUCGGCGUCAGUAUCAGAAGAUCAAUUUGGUGGAGGAGCUGGCCAAGGCGGGACUCACCAACGAUGUGCUGCAGCCAACGGAGGAGCAGUACAAUAUUAUGUCCGAGUUCGCCUUUCCGCACAAGUUUCCCCUGAGCUACUUCGAUGACAGCAACUUUGAUAUUAACUCGGCGGAGGCUUGGUUUGAGCUCGGCAUCGUCGGAGACGUUCACUAUCCGCUGCCAGCGAGGGCCUUCCUGCCCUUCAAUCAGAGUCUGGUGAACUGUCAGUGGGUUAUGGCGGCGGUUACAGCCCACAAUAAAGAUACGGAUCUCUGGACGCUGCUAUCUUUGGAGGACGGAUGUACCUAUUCGGUGCCCAAGCUACAGUUCAUGUUCAUGGCCGAGGACCCGUACAAGUUUAUAAGCCGACUCCAGUCCGCGGUCCACGAACGACACAAGGGAGAACAACUUAUGCUGAUGGAGCUGAUAGUCGACUGUGUCCUUCACGAGGACAUUGAGUCCACGGUCUUCUACAGCUUCAAGCCCAUCGAACGGGUGCUGCAGGCGGCAAAGGUAUCGGAACAGUGCAAGAGACGCUUGCGUUCGGAGGUAAACCUGGUGUUUGAGCGUCUGAUGGCACUCUACGAACUAGAACAGUUUAUUCUAAAAAUGCCUAAGGAGUUUCCGCAAUUUCGUAAUAUUAACCUGAAAGAGUUCCUACCCCGAUCCUUCACCGUUGAUGUGUCUGGCAUGGAGCGCCAGCAGCUGAAAGGUCUUGGAAUAAUCAUGCCGGAUAAGCGUUACGACUUUCUCAAGGCGACCCUCUUUUACUGCCUGGGUGGUAUCGAGGCCAUGGCCGGGGUAAACAUCGAAUGCCAGUAUAUCGAGACGCUUUCCAUCUUCAUCUGCACGUUCAGUAAGCCGUUGGCCCUGGUCGAAUUCCUGCAGGGACAGGAGGCACAUAGCGACAACGUGGCCACGUUCUUAAAGUUUAAUUGGCCGCAACAGCUCACCUCCUGCAUAACUGUGGUGCUGCGAGCCCUGGGCAAGGGAUGGCUUGAUAUAUCGCUGAACACCUGGACGGUCUAUCUAAUGUGCAAAAUAUCAAGGUUCAUAUUGCAGGUCAAGUUCCGCAUGCAGGAGUCCAUGCAGGUGCUCCUCGAAAAUUCCCUGCUCAACUUCUCGCACUUUGUGUGUGAUCCCUGCCUGCAGUUCCUGGAACUGAAGCCCAACUAUAAAUGGACCAAUGACUAUAUCGAAACUGAAUUCCCCUACCACAAGCCGGUGUUUGCGAUGACUUUGGGCAUAAGCGAAGAUCGUAAGGUGUUCUACUCCACCGAUCCGGAUGAGUUUCAGCCCGCACUAAUGGACAUCUUCAAGAGGUGUCUGGAAAAGACGUCCGGUGUCAGGUUAAUAGACGCGUUUGUUAUGAGCUUUCUCAAAUACGCCCCCAAUUUGUAUAUCCUGACGGUCGAGCUGAUUGAAGACAUGUUUCUGGUCGAGAAUGACCUGAUUAUGAGAUGCUACGCUAAGGCUGUGCUGCCACUAAAGGCCUAUGCCAGGCUCUAUGAAAGAUUCAUCGACUUUUACCUGUUGAACAUUAACCAAUAUAUGACUGCCUAUGCCGAGGCUCAUAAGCCGUCGUCCGAGGUGAAGUGGGACAUACUGGAGCACAAACGCCUGAAGGAGGAGGUCCGUGUCAUCCUGCCGGCAUUUAUAACCAUCGGACCAUUCUACAUAAACGUGGACACAAUGAAACAGUAUAUGAUCAAGAAACGCAUAGAUAUUGUGAGAAGGAUCUUUGAGUACUAUUUGGACCGGAUGUAUGAGACGAAUGACGCCAUUUUGGAGCGCAGCGCUGAUAUGUACCGAAAGAUUAACGAGAGACCCAACAGCAUUGAGCACUUGUACGAAAUUCGAGACUUUGGCCUACAGGUGCCGGACUUGGUGGAGGAACUUAAGGCGGAUAUACAGGUCAUGUGGCUUGAGUACGACCUGUUGGACAGCUUCUUUUAUAAUCUAAGUGACCACCAGUUCGUUAUGAAGUGGAAGGCAUUUGCCUGGCCGCACCAGAUAAUGAUGCGCCUGUCAACCCUUAAAGAGGAGCAGAAAAUUGAUAUAGAAGACUUCUUGCGACAGCAUAGUGGCGAGUGUCAAGCGUUCGAGGAGCGUUUGGAAUCGCUGAACGAUGAGGUGCAGGCCUAUUCCUUGGCAUUCAAUACGAAUCGCGCUCAGGAGACAUCUGUGGAUAUUAAGAAGACUUGGGCCUUGAUUAAGGAACUUGAAAAGAUCAGCCAGACCUUACAAUAUCGUCAAGAACUGUUCGAACUGGAACCGCUCUCCGUAGAGUUCUUAACGAGCAUCAUUAAUAGCUUUAUUCCGUACAAAGAUUUAUGGUACGCCUGUGCAAACUUCCUAAAGCUCCAGGAUGCCACCGAGGGCAACCCCAUAGCCCAGCUAGACCUUGAGGAAGUCUGGGUCAAUCUUAUGAAACUGCGCGAUGAGCUUGUCGAGUCCAUGCAAAUAUUUAAUGAGAAACACGAGAUAAUGGAAGUUGCCAAAGUGUUUAUUCAGAAAAUCGAUGAUUUCAUCCCAGUGUACAACAGCAUACGGGACCUACGAAACGAAAAUUGGAUGUACAUCCACUGGCAGGAGCUCAGCCAGGUGACGGGACAGGACAUCAAGUACACGGUUUCUAUGAACUAUCAGUAUCUAAUAAAAAAAGGAAUUUUGGACUUCCUGCCAGAGGUUCACUUUAUCUCGGAGAAGGCCAAUAAUGAGGCGGAAACAAUACGGAGGAAUAUUGAGGAGGAGGAAAAAAGGAAGCAGGCAGAAAUUGAUUCUAUUCUAUUGCGCAAGCAGCUACGCAAAUGCCGCAGGGAUAUACUCUAAUUGGUUUUUAUAUACAAAAAAGGAUAAGAUUUUAGAAUUUAAUUUUAUGAUGGUUAAUAAAUUACUAUUAAUAUAAUA